GUACCCAAUGAAAUAAUUGGUUAUAUAAGUGUAACGAAGCGACUAUAUCACCAUUUGCCGAACCCCAAUUGAGUAUCAAAUCAGUUGAACCUGUGAAUUCUAGGACCUCUCGUGAUUUGCAAAAAUGUUCAAGGGUUUAGUAGCUUUAGUGACUGGUGGAGCGUCUGGGCUUGGUCGGGCAACAGUUGAGCAUCUGGUGAAGCAAGGGGGGCGUGUCAUCAUCUGUGAUUUGCCUUCCAAUAGUGGUCACGAGACAGCCAAACAGAUUGGACAAAAUGCCGCAUUUGUACCAGUUGAUGUAACAAAAGAAACAGAUGUAAAAAAUGCAUUGCAAACCACUCAAGACAAAUUUGGCCGGCUGGAUGUGGCAGUCAACUGCGCCGGAAUAGCUUCAGCCUCUCGGGUGUACAAUUUCAAAAAGGAUCAACCUUUUGACCUUCAAGUUUUCCAAAAGACUAUUGAGGUUAAUCUUAUAGGUACAUUCAAUGUGAUCCGACUAUCAGCAGGUAUGAUAGGCAAGAAUGCUCCUGAUGCUGAUGGUCAGAGAGGAGUCAUCAUCAACACUGCAAGUGUUGCUGCAUUUGAUGGACAGAUUGGCCAGGCUGCGUACUCAGCAUCCAAAGCUGGCGUGGUUGGAAUGACAUUGCCCAUAGCACGAGACCUAGCAAAACAAGGCAUCAGGGUUGUUACUAUAGCUCCUGGCUUGUUCCGUACUUCAAUGCUGUCGCAGUUACCAGAACCUGCAAUCAAAAUGCUGGAAGCAUCCGUGCCUUUCCCGUCUCGAUUGGGGCAUCCCCAUGAAUACGCCGUCCUUGUACAAAGCAUAAUUGAAAACCCCAUGCUCAAUGGUGAAACUAUAAGGCUCGACGGUUCUAUAAGAAUGCAACCUUAAAGAAAAUGAGUGAGUUGGUCUGGUGUCAUGUGUAGUAUUAUAAGAAAAUUAAAGAGUUUUUCCUACUUGUGCAAGUACUUUCUUAAUAAAAAAUAUUUGUAAUGAAAAACCACUGUAAAAUGUAUGAUGCAAGUUUACGACCGUGCUCGCA